AUAUUUCUGGAGUUAUAAAUAAUCCAAGAAUUUUUUCGUUCUCUCCCUCAAAAUUAGCAAAAACAUAGAAGAAAAGAAAAGCUUUGUUGUAAAUUGUGAUCCCAGAUUUCAUUCAUAAAUCAAAAACCUAGAUUUCAUAAAAACCUAGAUUUGUACCCAUAAACCCUACAAUCCCCCAAUCAUCAAUCUCAGAUUUCCCACCCUGUGUUUAUACUUCAAAUUCCUUUAUUUGUUCAUAUUUAUAUCCUCAUUCACUGAUUGAAAAUUACUCAAAAAGCACAAUUUUUUGGUCUGAUCACUUGUUUCCCAGGAGCAAAAUUGCUUCGUUGUCACUGCCCAAGUUUGGUUUUUGGGGGGUUUUGGAAGAUUCAGUUGUAAAGUGUAGUUUUUGUUGCAGUGCACUUUGGGCUUGUUGAGCUUGUGAUUCAGUGAAAUUUGGAAGUGGAAUCUGGGGCGGAUUUGGUGAAGUGGGUUUUGUAAUUUGAGGGAUUUUGUGUAGUGGGUGAUUGGAAAGAUUGGAAAUUUGGAUUGAGAUUGUGAAUGAGAGGAUUGAGGGGGAGAUGAGAGGUGUAGAUGAAGGUUUGGAAGAACAAUGACUGGAGGGUCAUUAGGAAUUCGUUCAGGGAGUUAUGGGUCAUUGGAUAAACAGCUACAGAACAACAACAACAACAACAACAACAACGGUAUUGUCAACAACAACGGACUGUUGCCUAUUCAAUCUGCACGAAAGCCUUCCAAAAUGCUCAAGGAGAAGGAGAGGUUGUACCAUUCGAUCUGUAAGUUUGCUGGCCGGAAAAAGGUGGGAAUGCUGCUGCUCUGUGUCAUCUCCGCCGCGGUUUUCGGUUGGGUUUUGUAUGUUGGAAAAGGUGAAGACCCACAAGAAGGCAUCACUCGCCAAAACAUUAGUCUUAACAACAGCAUCGUUAUAAGGAAUCCUGAAUCCUUGGCGCAAACAGAAAAGCAAAGUUACAACGUGUCGCUUGCCUUGCCCCCUCCUCCUCCUGCUUUUUUCUUGGGGUAUACUCUUCCUCCUGGUCAUCCAUGUAAUAUAUUCACGUUGCCUCCCCCACCAGCAGAUAAGAAAAGAACCGGACCACGACCUUGUCCAGUAUGUUACCUUCCUGUUGAAGAAGCCAUAGCCUUAAUGCCAAAAGUCCCUUCAUAUUCUCCCAUUCUUAAGAAUUUAACAUACAUUUACGAAGAAAAUUUAUCGAGAGAAACCGAAUUUGGAGGCUCGGAUUUUGGCGGAUAUCCUACCUUGAAGCAAAGGAAUGAUUCAUAUGAUAUAAGAGAGUCAAUGAGUGUGCAUUGUGGAUUUGUUAGAGGAAGUAAACCUGGGCGUAAUACAGGAUAUGAUAUGGAUGAGGAUGACCUACAUGAUAUGGAGCAGUGUCAUGGUGUGGUUGUUGCAUCAGCUAUAUUUGCAAAUUUUGAUGAGAUAAACCAGCCAAGGAACAUUAGUGAUUAUUCCAGGCAGACUGUUUGCUUCUAUAUGUUUAUAGACGAGGUCACAGAAGCUUAUCUGAAGAACAGUGGUAAACUGGACAGCAGCAAAAAAAUUGGUAUAUGGAGAACUGUUGUUAUUCAUAACCCCCCUUAUAAGGAUGGAAGGCGCACUGGAAAGAUUCCUAAGCUCCUAGUGCACAGAAUGUUUCCCAAUGCUCGCUUUUCUUUAUGGAUCGAUGGGAAACUGGAGCUUGUUGUGGAUCCAUACCAAAUUCUCGAAAGGUUUUUGUGGAGGAAGAAUGCAACUUUUGCAAUUUCUAGACAUUAUAAGCGCUUUGAUGUGUUUAUGGAAGCUGAGGCAAAUAAAGUCGCGGGAAAAUACGACAAUGCCUCCAUUGACUUUCAGGUUGAAUUUUACAAAAAGGAAGGUUUGACCCCAUAUUCUGAGGCAAAACUUCCCAUUACAAGUGACGUUCCUGAAGGAUGUGUAAUAAUAAGGGAGCAUGUCCCUAUCAGCAACCUCUUCACUUGUCUUUGGUUCAAUGAAGUUGAUCGUUUUACUUCCAGGGACCAAAUCAGUUUUUCAACUGUCAGAGAUCACAUCACGGAAAAGACAAACUGGACUAUCAAUAUGUUCUUUGACUGUGAAAGGCGCAAUUUCGUAGUUCAGAAAUACCAUAAAGAUGUAUUAGAGCACAUGGCUCCUCGAAUUCCAGUUGUUGCUCUUCCACCACCACUACCGCCAUCUCUGCCACCACCAGAAUUAAGUAAUGAACCACCAGUGAAACCAGUUGAAACGACGCCUGUAAGGCCAGCAAGGAAGAUCCAACCAGGGCGCCGGAGAGAUAGGAGGCCUGGUUCCAGACGUCACCGCAAAGUUAUUUCCGGAAAUACAGACACUGAUACAAGUUAAAAACAAGUUUUGUUCGACCAAAGUAUAAUUAUUCUUUAACCUUCCCCAUUCAAAAAACCAUUCGCGGCGGGGCUGGAAGAUUUGUGCAAAAGAAGAUGAGUGUUUUAGUUCUGCCUCGACAUGGUAACACUCGCCUGUAUCUCAUUGUUUCUACAUUUUUGGAAUUGCCGAUUUCACUCAAUUUUUUGUUGUAUAUAUAAAGUAUAAUUCCAAAUAAUCAUUUACAAGGGUUUCUACCAAACCCUCAUAUGUGUUGCUCCAUUUUGUUAUUCCAGAGUCACAGUCGCAUUGUAUCAGGUCUCAAUCAUAUAAAAUGCUAUGUAUUCAUCUCAUGUUUCUUCAAUUCAAAAUCAAUAAAGCUCACAGAAGUUGCUCA